AUGGAAAGUGAGCACAAUGUACAACAAAACCAGAGUUUCUUCCCUGAGCAAAUCGAAGAACUGUACCAACAAUUUGCCGCUCGAUUUCGAAUCGAAGAAGAAGGGCAACGAAAACACCAUCAACUUAUCCUCCCAGAGGCCAUUCAGACAGACCUGGAAGAGACUCCCAAAUUGGAGAUGCAGUCAAACAUCAAAAAAUGCAUCCGUGAUCUUCCCAACUACGAAGGAGCGCAGAUCCAACCGCUUUCGCAAACAUCAUCGAAAAAGCAAGGGGAUGGGCGAUUUAUGGCUUCAUCGCAGCAAGGGAUAUCGAUAGAGAAGCACGAAAUUUGGCCAUUAAAGCACUUAAACUUCCUCCCACCCUUAAAUACCUCGAAACAAGUCAAGAGGAAAACAAAUGAAUGGCACUCUCUCCCGAGUCUGUCAAGGAAAUUGCCCAAGCCAGAUUCGAAACAGCUCUUUUGCAACGAGCAGCCAGCAGUCAAUUCACGAGUCAUAGAUAGAGGUACAAUAACCCCUAAGGUUCAGCUCAUCGAGCUAGAGGACAGGGAAGAGGACGGUAUUUUUUUGGAAGAACCAAUUACAAACAACAGCAACCAACAGAGAAGCUCCAACAUACAAAUUCAAACCCAGCAAGCCAGCAGUACACAAACAGACAGACACCUGACACAAAAAACAAAAAUCAACAAUAAUGUGACGAUGCAAUUCAACAAUCACAAAGACUACAACACGAUCAACACUCCAGCCAACAAUUACUCAGCACCACUAGACGGAAUUCUUCCUGGCGGGAGAAGGUUACAGAAUCCAAUGGGAGACCAAACCAGCAGCCUGGAGGACCGCGCCAUUGCGACUAUCCGACGAAGAUCACCAAGCAGCAACAAUAGCCGCUCAACAAUUCCUCGGCGCCAGUAUAAUAGAGAGAUCACCUAUGCAGAACGAAGACUUCCUGUCAAAUUUCUUCACCAUACAAAAAAGACAAAGAGGCGACCUAUUCUUGACUGUCGAAAAGCCAUUAAGAUAGCAAGGCAUUCGACUGGUCUAUUACUUAGACGACAUUUGUUUACUCGCAAAGUCAGAAGCAUAAAUGGAAAAGGUCAAGGAAACUGUAACCAACCAUUUGAAAAAGAUUGGUUUCCUGAUCAACUGGAGAAAGAGCUCUUUAGAACCAUGCCACUGCCAAGAAUUCCUGGGAUUCCAGUUCAAUACAAAGAAAAUGUAGAUCAUAGCCCCGCAACCGAAGAUCAACAAACUAUUAGCAAGAAUCAAGCAAGCCAAGAACAAGACAAUCACCAGAACAUUCAGAUGGAUGGCAAGCUUACUGGGGACGAUGGUGUCACUGAUUCCAGCGAUCAGAGAAGCUCUACUACACGUACGUUACCUACAAAGGGACGUGAGCUGGCGCUCAAGAGAGGCUCUCGGAUUUCAAGACCUUUGGUGAGAACAGUGUAUCAGACAGAAGAACGGGUUGCCGAUACAAACUUUCAAUCUUCACAAGUACCGUUUCCACAGCAAAAAAAGUCAACAGCUAUUUUUCGAAAUGGUAGUGGGGUUUUUGCUUGUCCCUAUUGUGAUGGCACUUACUACCAAACUCCCAAUACUUUGAAGAGAUACGUAAAAGACAAUCAUGAUAAAGAAGAAACUGAAGCCGAUUCUGACGACGAUAGUAUGGUCCAAGCUAAUUGUUUGGAUGUCACUUUGAAUGCCAAUAGACAUGACCAUCAUACAGCUGUAUUGUCUGCGUUCGAUGCAAUGGGUGAAUCAGAAAAAGAACAAGGAAAGGAGCUACUAGUCGCGGAAUUGGGAGAUCUUGAUCCAAUAGCAAUUGUUGACCAAGAAGGCAAAGAAUACAACCUACUGGCCAACAAAAAGAUCAUCAAUACCAUCAUCGAGUUAAACCAAACAUCGGUGAUCUUUUAUUUGCCAAAGAAGAGAAAAAAUUUUGAUAAUGAAGCUGAAGAGAAUUAA